AUGGCGAGCAGACAAGCCUUACAGCCAUUGUUUCUUCUUCUUGCUGUCUUUUUCAUCAAGUUAGUAAUGGUGGAAUCAAUAAGAACCCCCUUCAAUAUGACUAAGGCUGAGAAUAGUGAUAAAUAUCAUGUUGAGAAGCCGGAGCUUGUAGUUCAAAUGGUUUAUUAUAAAUGUUCUAUUUAUUCUUAUGCUGUUCCUCGACGUUUUCUUCACUGUAAUUUCUAUAAUACUAUUCUCGUAACUGUAGUUGAACUAUUGUGCAGGAGUUUAAAUAAUUCGAAAAGAAAGCUGAGCUCGUGCGAAACGGGGAACCCCAUCGAUGACUGUUGGCGUUGUGAUCCUAACUGGGUUAACAACCGAAAGAGACUGGCUGAUUGUGCCAUCGGAUUUGGCAAAAACGCCAUUGGAGGUAAGAAUGGCAGAUUUUAUAUAGUUACAGAUCCAAAUGACGAUGACCCGGUCAAUCCUCGACCUGGCACUCUGCGGCACGCUGUUAUUCAAACCGAACCUCUCUGGAUUAUUUUCCAAAAAGAUAUGGUUAUUCACCUCAAGGAGGAGCUUAUCAUGAACAGUUAUAAGACUAUUGAUGGUAGAGGUGCCAAUGUUCAUAUAGCAAAUGGAGCUUGCAUUACAAUUCAGUAUGUGACCAAUAUUAUCAUUCAUGGAGUUCAUAUCCACGACUGUAAACCUGCGGGAAACACAAAUGUUAGGAGCUCCCCGACACAUUAUGGGUUUAGAACCAAGAGUGAUGGAGAUGGGAUUUCCAUCUUUGGAUCAAGCGCAAUUUGGGUUGACCACUGUUCAUUGUCAAGUUGCGCAGAUGGAUUGAUCGACGCCAUCAUGGGUUCCACUGCUAUAACCAUUUCAAACAGCUUUUUCACUCACCAUGACAAGGUGAUGCUCCUAGGACACAGCGACGCCUACACCGAGGACGUCAAAAUGCAAGUAACAGUUGCUUUCAACCACUUUGGACAAGGGCUUGUUCAACGUAUGCCCAGAUGUCGACAUGGAUACUUUCAUGUGGUGAACAAUGAUUACACCCACUGGGAAAUGUAUGCAAUCGGGGGAAGUGCAAACCCCACCAUUAACAGCCAAGGCAACAGAUUCCUUGCUCCUGAUUAUCGAUUCCACAAGGAGGUUACAAAGCACCAAGAUUCAACAGAAGGUAACUGGAGAUCAGUGGGAGAUCUUAUGUUAAAUGGGGCAUUCUUCACAGCAUCAGGGGCUAAAGAAUCCUCAAGCUAUGCCAAAGCUUCGAGUAUGGCGGCAAGACCUUCCUCUAUUGUGGGCUCUAUCACUGCAAGUUCGGGUGUUCUCACCUGCAGAAAAGGUUCCAGCUGUUAG